ACCUGAAUUGCGGGGAAACACUACACCGUUAUUGGCUGGAUUACAACGAGUUAUUCAUUCCUCGGUGUCAUCAACACAUCCCCACAACAGAUGGAGCUGUGUUCACCUCAGAUGGAGUUAACUUCAGUCCAGAGGCUGAGUCAGGCUGCAGGAAUCAGGAAGUCUCGUUUAUUUAUCCCGGACUGAACACACACUGAAUCCGGACCAACAAUGUCCGCAUCUGCUUCGCAGUCAGAGCUGAGGCUCGUGGUGCUGGGGCGCACCGGAGCAGGAAAGAGAUCCGCAGUCAGCGCCAUCCUGAACCUACAAGACCCGGAUCAGGGCGCGGAUGCUUCUGGUGUCCGGGAGUGCAGCAAACUCAUCGGGGAGGCUGCAGGCAGACAGGUGGUGUUAGUCUCUAGUCCUGCCUGGUUCGGCUCAGCCUGCAACCCAGAGGAAAGGAGAAAACACAUCUCCUCCUUCAUCGCCUUAUCCAGCCCCGGACCACACGCCUUCCUGCUGUGUGUCCCUCUGAACCAGCCGGCCGAUGGAGAAUUCAAGGCUCUGGACGCCCUCGAGAAGCUGUUUGGCCAAUCCGUCACCAGAAACACCAUCAUACUCUUCACCCACACGGAGGAGCUGGGGGAGGACGAGCAGCUGGAGGAAUACCUCGUCACGUGGCGCAAGGACCUCCGGCAGCUGGUGGAAAGAUGCGGCGAUCGCUACCACACUCUGGAAACCCGCGACGGGGAAGAGGCGGAGAGGAAAGCUGUGGAAGAGCUGCUGGAGAAGGUCGAGGAGGUGACGACGGAGAGCGGCACGCAGCACUUCAGCUGUCCUCUCUACGAGGAGGCUGAGGAGAGGGUGAGGGGGAGGCAGGCGGAGAUAGCGAAGCAGAGGAGAGGAGCGGAGGAAACGAAUGACCGGGAAUCACCAACAGACUCGCAACCGGAGGAAAACGUGACAGAAGAGGAAAUGGAAGCGGCCCGGGACGAGGCGGAGAGGAGCAUCGGCGAUCUGAACGUGGACGUGGAUGAUAUUUUCCCUCCCGCCUGCGUCUCGCCUUCUUCAACCUCUCCGUCUUUUCUCUGGGGCCUGUGGGAGAAACUCACCGGCUGGAUCAAGUGGCUUCCCACUCUGGUGAGACGAGAGGCCCUGCUGGGAGCCUUGGUGGGCCUCUUUGUGGGGGGGCCCGCCGGAGGUAUGGUGGGGGCCACCGUGGGGUCCGUGGCCACUGAAGUGGGCAGAAGAAAAACUCAGAAAACUAAAUGAGACACGACCUCACAUUAAUAUAUUAUUAUGCAGUGUGUUGCACCAUGAAGUCAGUUAACUGUUUUCACAGCCUACUAGCUGCCAAAAAUAGUAUUUAUGCCUCAUCUCUAAGGCCUUGACUUAACAUCCGACCUGUGCGAGUACCAAUUUCACUCUCUGUAUGCAAAUAAACACCAAUGAGGUUGUAUCAGCCAGGACGGAUGUUAAUCCAAGGUGCUAGCGGGGCCAAAGCUGCACUACUUACGUCAGAAUGGUUACUAUUGUUGCAAAAAGCUUAAAAUGAUUAAUAAAUCCUGCUUUAUAGAUGAGUGAUACUCCUUUAAUAAGAACAACUUCAUUGCAAAUCAGUAAAGAAAAAAUUGCGCAUAAAUGACAAUAUGUUUUUAAAAUACAUCUUUUGGCCACUUGGGGGCAGCAGAAACACCACUGUUAAAAUACUACCACCUUUUAACACUAUAUAAUUUAAAAUUUUGUUAUGCUUCUGGGUCAGGCCUCUGCCAUAACCUUUAGUGAGUGACCCGAGCAUUUCUAUUUGUGUGCUGGUAUGUUGGUCAUUGUUCAGUUGAAAAACAGCAGUUGUCGGUAGCAGCGGUAGUUUUCUUCUUUUGUGUACUUUAAAAACAAUGGCGAGUGGGACUGACCAGAGCUCUCAUGUUGGCAAAGCAGAAAACAGAGAAGACGUGUGAGUAGAUGUAGGAAGCAGAAUGAGAGCCAUACAAUGAGGACGUGGAGGUGCGCUUCAGGCCGCUUGCAGUUCUCGCAAUCUGCGUCACCACAACUUGUAGUCACAUUUCUGGGCAGGGGAACAUCAUCCGACGCAGAAGCGUAAAUCUGGCCUAAGCGGUUAGCUGUUGGUUAUUUUUAGGAGAACAUGAGCAACUAGUGGAGGAUGUCCCAACUUCACAUUCAGUUUUAGCUCUGUUUUUGGCCUCCAUUGGUUUCUGAGGGAAAAACAAAAAAUCUCUUUAAAUGUUCUCUGCAAAAUGCUCCAUUUUUGUUUUUGUGCGAAUCUGGACGGGUAGUUUUACAGUAUUGGUCUUGUCUUCUGUGACUGUAAACAUGGUCCUGGGAGAAGAGGCUACUUGGAUGGGUGGUGGUGAAACUUCUGCAGAAACAAGGUGCCUUUGUUUCACUUUACUCUUUGGAAAAAGAAUAUAUAAUAUAAUAAUAUAAUACAAUGUAAGAUGAUGUAACGUUCAUAAUAAUAACACUUCUCUGUGGGUUUCUUGCUGCAACCAAAAUCCUUAUAAUUACACAUAUGUUUAAAUAAUACACAUGUCCAAAUUUUUUUUUUUUUCAAACAAAUUGUGGGGGAUUUUUUAAAAAAAUAUAUAUAUAUAAAAAUGUCUAAUCAACUAAAGAUUUUGCGACCCCCUUGCAGUUCCUCCGUGGACUCCCUAGGGAUUGCGGACCCCCUGUUGAAGACCUGUGAUUUAAUUCAUUAUCACUGUAUACAUGUUAUAUUAUAGCUGCUUUAAUUCUUAAAACAGAGUUUCCACUACAUACGUCAGAUUAUUCGUAACCCGGAAACCAAGUUGUUCUUAUUACCGGAUCAUUACACAACCCAAGUUUUUUUUUUUAAUCGCUUUUUAUGAAUGUGUACAGCAGAAAACAGCU